AUGGACCCGUCCGUACAACGUCUCUUGGUAGAUAAACUCUACGACAAGAGGAAGCAAGGCGCUCUAGAACUCGAGCGACUGAUCCGAGAGGCAACCGCCGCCAAGGACCACGAGAAGAUCCGGAAAAUAAUCGAUCAGCUCUGCCAUGAUUUCGCAUAUGCAGUCCAUCAGCCUCAUGCCCGCAAUGGUGGCCUCAUUGGUCUUGCGGCCGCCUGCAUAGCCUUGGGCUCGGACGAGGUAGCUCCAUACUUGAAGGAAGUCGUCCCACCGGUGCUUGCCUGUUUCACUGAUCAAGAUGCACGGGUCCGCUACUAUGCGUGUGAGGCCAUGUACAACAUCGCCAAGGUGGCGAAGGGUGAGAUUUUGGUGUUCUUCAAUGUUAUCUUCGACGCACUUUGCAAGCUCGCAGCAGAUUCAGAACUUUCCGUAAAGAACGGUGCAGAACUCCUCGACCGCCUCGUCAAGGACAUUGUAUCUGAGUCUGCCUCAUCAUACAUCUCUCAGGUCGACUACCGAGAAAAGGCUGGCGCAGGAAAUGGCUCGGACGAGUCGAGCGAUGACUUGCCCACUGCAUUCUCGCUGGCUCGGUUCAUACCUCUACUCGAAGAAAGGAUUCAUGUGCUCAAUCCCUUCGUUCGAACAUUCCUCGUGGCCUGGCUUACCCUGCUGGAUACCAUACCGGAUCUCGAGCUGGUCUACUAUUUGCCCGACUUCCUUGGUGGCCUAUUCAAGUUCCUGGGAGACCCGAAUAGGGACGUUUACGUGGCGACCCAGGGUUUACUCGAGAGGUUUUUGAACGAGAUCAAGAAGAUUGCCAAGAUAAAGAAGGGCAUUGCUGAAAGUCGACGCGACCGAGCUGAACGAACAAGGCGAGCCGAGAGCCGAGCUGAUAGUGCGACGCUUCCUGAUUCUGCCUCGCAGGACAAUGCCAUUGACGACUCUGACUCAAACACCGUGCCAGAAUACCAAGACGAAGUCGACGGUGAUUGGAUUCCAGGCCAGGACGUCCAGGUCGACCACACUCGCAUACUUGACAUUCUGUUAAAAUUCAUCAACGUGACCUCCAGCAAAGACGAGGUGCCAGCGUUAUAUACGGAGGGGUUGUCAAAGCAGAAAGAGGAAGAAAUAGGCAUAGUUGCACUGAGAUGGAUUGACAGCUUCUUUGAAGUGAGCCCAGAAGAUAUCCUUCAAUUCGUUCCUCGACUGCUGUCACAGGUGCUGCCUGCAUUAUCUGCACAGUCAGAGCAGGUCAGGACGACGGCAAGCAGAGUCAACAGGUCUCUGAUGGACUAUAUUGUCACUUUGCAGGACAACGCAAGGUUGGAUAGAAGCAGAGCCGUCACCGCCGAAGGAUCACACACUGAGCCAGAGGCCCCAGGCGAGCUUGAGAAACCGCUGCCCGAGCCACCAGUCCAAGAUUCAGAAGGAGCGACAGGGCUGUCCUCACAUGAUUUGGAUUAUGCCGCGGCAGUGAACGCUUUGACGUUGCAAUUUCUGAAUGAGCACGAGGAGACAAGAGUGGCUGCCUUGAGCUGGCUGAUCAUGCUUCACCGAAAAGCACCUAAGAAAUUGCUCGCCUUCAAUGACGGGACGUUCCCGGCACUACUCAAGACGCUGUCUGACCCUUCCGAAGCUGUGGUCAUUCGGGACCUGCAACUUCUGUCGCAGAUAUCCAACAACUCCGACGAUGGCUAUUUUGCAUCCUUCAUGAUAGCCCUGCUUCAGCUCUUCUCGACAGAUCGCAAGCUACUUGAGAUUCGGGGCAACCUAAUCAUUCGGCAGUUGUGUAUCAAUCUGCAGCCAGAGCGUAUCUACCGCACGCUUGCCGACUGUAUCGAGAAGGAUGAGGACAUUGAGUUUGCUAGCAUAAUGGUGCAAAAUCUCAACAACAACCUCAUCACAGCUCCCGAGCUUGCGGAAUUGCGAAAGCGAUUGCGGAACCCGGACAGCAGAGACGGACAGAUGUUCUUCGUGGCUCUGUUCAGGGCAUGGUGCUACAAUGCUGUGGCAACAUUCUCGCUUUGCUUGCUGGCACAAUCCUACGAGCAGGCAUACCAUCUGCUCCAGGUCUUUGCGGACCUAGAAAUGACGGUGAAUAUGCUGAUCCAGAUCGACAAGCUGGUCCAGCUCCUCGAGAGUCCAGUGUUCACAUAUCUCCGUCUGCAGCUGCUUGAACCAGACCGCUACCCUUUUCUCUACAAGUGCCUAUACGGGUUGUUGAUGCUGCUCCCGCAGUCGAGCGCGUUUGCAGCUCUGAAGAACCGACUCAACUCCGUCUCCGCCAUCGGCCUGCUGCACGUGCCACCAACAACGCCUGCGUCGACAGGUCAGCGUCCAUCGUAUGUACAAGUUCCUUUGAGUUUCAAUUCCACUGCCGCACCUUCUCCUCCGCCAUCGUCUGCUUCGCAAAGCGGCUUCGAGUUCGGGACCUCGGGCUUGGUGCAUUCCCGCGCCAAGUCGACCGACAAAGCCAUCUCUUCGUCGAUUCUCGGAUCGCUGACCAAGCCAUCCUCGUCCAGUGUGGCGGGUCUGACCUCGUCGAACCUACCUUCGUCAAGCUCUACCUCGAUUACUAGCCGUGUUGCUCGCGCACGCGAUGAGAAGAAUGAUCCAGUCAAGUGGCCGGAACUGCUGGACAAGUUCCGCAACACUCAGGAUAAGGCAAGACGGCGGAGUGAAAUGCUAAUGAGAGGCGAGGCUGCCGCGGCAGGCUCAGAUUCGUUAGGUGGCGGUCCGGCGACACGCAGUCUCAUGGAGCUCGACAUUAGUGCCGGUGGUAGGACUAGCCGUAAUAGCGAUGGUCAGCCAAUCAGUGGUGGUGCUGGCGCGGGUUUGCCACGGCCUGGAAGCGGAUUCUCAAGACCGCAGCCCUUUCGUGACCCUACAGGGGCGCAGGGCGGCGUUGGCACGAUUUCGCAACAACGACGGGCCGGCUUGGCUGUGCUCAACAAAUACGACAUGAGUAUGCCUUCGCAAGGUGAUCAACAGUAUGGCAGUAUGGGUCCGCCGACGGGUGGCAGUGGAACUCCAGGCGCUGCACUUGGGGAUGCUAAGGGCCACAAGUCCAGACACUCAUUGGCAGGCUCGAUGGGGAAGUUUGCGAGUAACCUUCGCUCAGGUGGGAGUCGAGAUCGGAAAGGUGACGAUGCAUCUGGUGGUGCAGGCGGGAAGAAGGAGAAGCGCUAG